AUGGUCGCCCGAGGCCCCAAGCAACCUUUGACGGAAGAAGAAAUCACUGUGGAUCCUCCCAAAGAAGGCGAGGUCCGUGUCAAGGUGAUUGCCAAUGCCUUGUGUCACACGGAUAUCUACACUUUGGAUGGACUUGAUCCUGAAGGCUUGUUUCCUUGUAUUUUGGGACACGAAGCUGGAUGCAUCGUGGAGUCGGUUGGGCCUGGUGUCACUUCCGUUGUUCCUGGCGAUCACGUCAUUCCUUGCUACACUCCUCAAUGUUCCCAAACCUCGUGCAUCUUUUGCAUGAGCCCCAAGACCAACUUGUGUCCCGAAAUUCGCAGUACUCAAGGACAAGGCGUGAUGCCGGAUGGUACCAAGCGCUUCCAUGACAAGGAUGGCAAGGAUAUCUAUCAUUUUAUGGGAUGCAGUACCAUGAGUGAAUAUACAGUUUUGGCGGAAAUCUCCUGUGCCAAGGUUUCCAAGGAAAUGCCACUGGAAAAAGCCUGUCUCUUUGGUUGCGGUGUAUCGACUGGUAUGGGUGCGGUUUGGAAUACCUGUAAAGUCGAACCAUUUUCGAGUGUGGCCGUCUUUGGACUUGGUGCUGUGGGUCUUGCCGUGAUUCAAGGAGCCAAGAUGGCCGGAGCCAGCAAGAUUAUUGCCGUGGAUAUCAAUGAGGACAAGUUUGAAAUGGCCAAGAAGCUAGGGGCAACCGAUUGUGUGAAUUCUAGUCCAGACAAGAUUGACAAGCCUAUUCAAAAAGUCAUUGCUGGAGAUAUGACACCAUGGGGUGUAGACUAUUCCUUUGAUUGUACUGGUAAUGUCAACGUAAUGCGUGCAGCGCUGGAGUGCUCUCACCGUGGAUGGGGAGAAUCUUGUGUGAUUGGAGUUGCCGCUUCUGGCCAUGAAAUUUCAACCAGACCCUUCCAAUUGGUGACUGGUCGUGUGUGGAAGGGAACUGCCUUUGGUGGUUUCAAGAGUCGUCGUGAUGUUCCCCUUUUGGUCGAACGUCACUUGAACGGAGAACUGCCAAUUGACCAUUUCAUCACCCAUACUUUUGAGGGCGUGGAAAAGACUGGAGAUGCCAUUGAUGCUUUGCAUUCUGGAGGGUGUCUCCGUGCGGUUGUCAAAUACUAG